AUGAAACGUGAUGAUAAUUAUUAUGAUUUGGAUUACCCAACAGAAGAUGAAGAAAAACCAGGUGGAAAAUGGGGUACUAAUAUAAUUCAAAUUACAAAAAUUCAUUCUCCAAUUUCUUUAAUCGUAUGUAUUAUCGCUAUUUUAUUAGGUGUUAUUGCUUUAAUAUAUCCUGAACUACAUCAUCAAUCUUUAAUUCAUAAAGAGUUAUUUCAAAACUAUGAAAGAAUACAUCAACAUAAAUAUAAGAUUAUAUAUAAAAUUAUCUGUGGAAGCUGGAUUGCUUUCCAAACAAUCCAUCUUGUUACAAUAAUUUUUUCUAUGUUUGGAUUAAAGACGACUAAACCUGGAUUUUUAAUUCCUCAAUUAAUUGUUCUACUUUUUUCAAUUGGAAUUCAAAUAUUAUUACUAUGUAGUUUAAUAUUACUUAAUAUAAUUGGUGAAAAAUUUGAUAGUAUCCCAUUAUUUUUAACAAUUUUUUUCUUAGUUUUUAAUUCAACAAAUGCCUAUGUACUUCUUUAUUCAUAUAGAAUUUUAUCAGCUAGAUGGAAUGAAAUUAAAAGAAUACUUUCUGAAGCAAAAAGUGUUCAUUUUAAAGAUAAAAUUGAAAGAACAAAAACGAGAUCUUAA